AACGCUGCAUCCCAUUCUAUACCGACCGCAGCCAACUCGUUCACGCCGAACAGCAAGACCUCCAAUCAAGGCGAGAACGAAUCUCUAACGAAGCAGCCCGAAGGGGCCCCGUUCCUGACGGUGUCAGACCUGGCGUUCCCGUCUGGCAAAAUACGAAUACAGCGAGAAAGGAUCAACACGAUGAUCCAUACCGUGGAGCCCAAUGUGGCGAGCACUUGCACGAGGGUGGGAGCAAAACUCCAACCCCGACGCAGAGAUUCCGUGACGCAUUUCAACGCGUUCAGGUUAGAGACCAGAUGAACGCAAGUCCAGCCCCGUCUACUGAGAGGCUCGAUCGACCACCAACAG